AUGAGAUCGAAAAUCGGUGGAGAUAAGAAAAAGGAAAACUUACAAAUUUCGAGCAGGGGUAGGGUUUUGCAGAACAAGAUCAUUUUGUACAAUAAUAACGCUAGAGUGCUGAGUGAUGGCGCAAACCACGACCCUUCCAUUCACUCGAGUCUUUUCGCUCAUUCACCGGCCCUUGCAAAGAAGCCAACGUAUCCGGGUCGGGCCCCAAUCCCUGACCCGACCCGUAAACAUGAGAAGCCAACAUAUCACUCGACCGCUUGUCGAGCCAUGAAAGAAUAUCUGAGAAGACAAUCUCGAUGUUCUCAUCUGGCUCGCCUGAUGUCAAGCCGUGCCACAUUCCGGGAUAGAAUUUGA